AGCGAUAAUGCAACUGGCAGUUUCCUCUGCGGUUUCUUCUUCUAUGGUGGCUUGUGUAAUAGCAGAGUAGCUAUGGCGGGAGGCAAUGGCGUGCGGCAGCAGCUCACUGCUGCCAGAGUUCUGCCUGCAACUGCAUUCCAAAGCUGCAGGCUUGUUGUGGGAGGAAGGGGAGAGACGGGUGGUGACUAUGUGGAGAAGAUUUCAGCUGCCGCAGGACUGGGAUCGUCAGUUGUGCCGAAACUGCAGCUCGAGGUGCGAGUGCUCUCAGGUUCAUCCUCGCUGUUGGGCGGUGGUUGGGGGCUCUCUGACGUGUCAGAUCCSGAUGUUGUUGCGGAUAAGCAUAUGGMUUAUCAUAACAAAGCGCAUGGGUAUACAAGGGGGGUCGGCAGGGGGUCCCAUCCUAGCCCCCUCAGGUUGCAGAGCCAGCAGCAUCAGCAAGGGCUUAGGGGAUGCAGGGGGACAUUGGGUAUGCGGGUAAACACAAAACAGCCCGUUUUAGGAAAGUUGGAUCCACACGGACUGAGGACAUGGUCAGCAGCACUGGCAGGUGACAUGCACAAAACAACCUUGUUUAGGAAAGUUAGCAUUGCUUGUGCUGCAACUGCAUCAAAGAAAGACGGUGCCUUGAGCUCCGGCGGCCUAGGGCAACCAGUGAAGGAGGAGAAGGAGAAGGAGGUGGUACCUCCCCUCUCAACAAGUGCAGCAUCUGGUAAAGUAGAUCAGAGUGCUAUGCGGUCAUUGAAGGGCACGGGGGUGCUGAGUUUCUAUCAAACUCUGUCGUCGUUGGGGCUGGGACCUCUGAAGAGGAGGAGCGUUGGCACGCUGCAACUCAACAUUAGGCUGUAUUGCAAUCAAGCAUGCGCUCACUGCCACGUGGAAAGCUCUCCUCUGCGCACCGAGAUGAUGGAUCACAGGACGGCAGAGCAUAUCGUUAAUCUCCUAGAGAGGAGCAAAGAGAUCGCCGUUGUAGAUCUGACUGGCGGUGCUCCGGAGUUGAAUCCUGCGUUCCGAUACCUUGUGAAAGAGGCCCGACAACUCGGAAAGGAAGUGAUAGAUCCGUGUAAUCUGAUGGUUCUCUUCGUGGAAGGCACAGAACACCUAGCCGAUUUCCUUGCUGAGAAUCAGGUUCGUGUUGUUGCCUCCCUCCCUUGCUACACCGCGGUGAACGUCUCCGAGCAACGAGGCGGAGGGGUGUUCGAGAAGAGUAUCGCAGCCCUCCAGAUGCUAAAUUCUCUGGGUUAUGGCAAAGAAGGGUCCCCUCUGCAGCUUGAUCUGGUAUACAACCCCUUGGGGGCUUUCCUUCCUGCGGCACAGGAUGUCUUGCAGGCAGCCUACAAGACGAAACUGUUCGAGGCGUACGGCAUAACCUUUAAUAACCUGUUCACUGUCACGCCAAUCAAAAGGUUCGCCGACUAUCUGUAUCGCAAAGGGGAGAUGGAAUCCUACAUGAACCUGCUCCUCAGCAGCUUCAACCCGGCGGCAGUAGAUGGCGUCAUGUGUAGGGAUAUGGUCAGCGUCGGAUGGGAUGGGGCCUUGUUUGACAGUGAUUUCAACCAGCAAUUGGGGGAGGGAGUGGGAGGGCAAUCCGUGCCAUCGACCGUGUUUGAUCUGAAGUCGUUCGAUCAGCUGAUCGGCCGACCAAUCGCCGUAGACGGUCACUGUUAUGGCUCACGGCGGGCCAUGGGUCGAGUUGCACUGGAGCUUUGACCACAUGAUUGAAGUAGUACUGCGCAUUGGUAGAAAAAAAAAAUUGUUAUUCCUAAGUCAUGCUCCCGCUUAACUAACAGACAUUCAUGUAGGCUUCCUGCAAACCAUUCAUUCAUUAAAUAAAAGUCUAUUAAACAC